GCCAGCAAUUCUCUUCUACAAAUAGAGAACUCGCAUGUUGCUAUAGUGCAGUAUAGACGGGCUGCAUAGAAACAUUAAUUUAGCAGCAAUGGUUGCAAGAAGCCUCCUCUUCGUCUUCCUCCUUGCUCAUUAUUUAGGUCAUAGCUAUGCAGCAACACCAAGUCAUUAUUCCAGACCUCCGUUCAACAGAAGUAGUUUCCCAGAUGACUUUCUUUUUGGAGCAGCUACUGCUGCUUAUCAGAUUGAGGGAGGAGCUCAUGAAGGAGGGAAGGGACCGAGUGUAUGGGACAAUUUCACUCACACGCAUCCAGAGAAAAUAUGGGAUCAUUCCAAUGGAGAUGUAGCUAUCGAUUUUUAUCACCGCUAUAAGGAAGACAUCCGUCUAGUCAAGAAUAUGGGUAUGGACGCUUUUAGAUUUUCCCUCGCAUGGACCAGAAUUGUACCAACUGGGAAGAUAAGCGAAGGCGUGAAUCAAGAAGGUAUCAAGUUCUACAAUAACGUGAUUAAUGAAGUUAUCGCACUGGGAUUAAAACCCUUUGUCACACUUUUCCAUUGGGAUACUCCCCAAGGUCUUGAAGAUGAAUAUAAAGGAUGGCUACAUCCCCACAUUGUGGAGGAUUAUAAAGACUACGUAGACAUCUGCUUCAAAGAAUUUGGCGAUCGAGUGAAGCAUUGGAUUACCUUGAAUGAGCCAAUAUCUUUUAGCAUGUAUGCAUAUACAACAGGGACAUAUGCACCAGGUCGAUGCUCGGUUUAUGCAGGAAAUUGCACAAAUGGAAAUUCUGGAAAAGAGCCAUAUAUUGUAGCACACCACUUACUUCUUGCUCAUGCUACUGCAGCUAAAUUGUACAAGGAAAACUAUCAGAAGUCUCAAAAGGGACAGAUUGGAGUCACCUAUGCAACUCAUUGGUUUUUGCCAAAGAUUAAGACACCAGAAGGCCUCAAGGCCCCUUAUAGGGCCCUUGAUUUCAUGUUAGGGUGGUUUUUGCAUCCAAUUACAUACGGAAAUUACCCACCAAGCAUGAGAACAAUAAUUGGGAAUCGACUACCAACAUUCACAGCAGCUCAAUCCAAGAUGCUAAUUGAGUCAAUUGACUUCUUAGGGAUGAACUACUAUACUUCCAAUUACGCAUCCCCUGCACUAACUUUCAACAGGGUUAACCUCAGCUACAUGACAGACAAUCACCUCAUUUUUUCAACUGACAUCGACGGAGUCCCUAUUGGUCAACCGACGGGGUUGAAUUGGCUUUUCAUAUGUCCAAAAGGAAUUCGGAGCCUUGUGCUUUACAUAAAAGAAAAGUACAAGAAUCCUCCCAUUUUCAUCACUGAAAAUGGCUUGGCGGAGUCAAGAAAUGAUUCAAUUCCUCGUGAAGUAGCCCUAAAGGAUGUGAUACGGAUAAAGUAUCAUGAAAGCCAUCUAUGGUAUCUCCAAAAGGCAAUCAAGGAAGGAGCAAAUGUAAAGGGAUAUUUUGCUUGGUCUUUCAUUGAUGAUUAUGAAUGGGAUGCUGGCCUCACUCUCAGAUUUGGCCUCAACUAUGUGGAUUACAAAGAAGGGAGUAGAACAAAAAUAUCACAAUAAAGGCCAAUUUGAUAGUUAUCAGGAAAGAGUUCACAUAGCAAGCAAUCGAGGGCAUUUUUGGAAUAAGGAGAUACAAGUCCUUUUUGGUAAUUCGCAGAGGGCAGCAUUAAAAGGAGGAACGCAGGGCUGAAGUGGGGGGUCUUCUUCCCCCUGGGGGAGCCGCCGCACAGAGGGAGCUGGCUUCCUUCUUAGUUUCUUCCAUUUUUAUAGUUUAGCUUUUCCUUUGACCGUUUGGUCUCCUUCGUCUUGUAGUGGAGAGCUUUUGACUUUUCCUUGGAAUAUUUUGUGGCUACCUCUACGUGAGUCAGGAGCACUGAAGACUAAAUCAUCCAUUGUUACUUUACUUUGCUUUAUUCCUUCGAGUGAAUUGCAUUUCCCAAUUUCGGAGUUGAUGGCC